GUGAAUAUUUUUGUGAAUAAAUAAUAAUAUUUAAAUAAACAGCCAUAUUUUUUUUCAAAUUUUCUAUUAAAUUAUAAGAGUAAUAUAAUUGACGAAAAUAAUCAUAUUAAGAUAAUUUUUACUUGUUUAAUGUACGUACAAUUUGAAAAUGGUUUUACUUGUCCGGAUUUCGAAGGAGAGUGAAAAGCAGUUUGAAGGCUAUAGAACACUUUUUUACAUACUGUUUCGUGCCUGAGUUACCCUGGGUAGUAUAAUCGAGUGCAUUAAAUAACGAUGCAAGACUUGCAUGACUUUCAGUGCGUCGCAUGGCGCGAGCGUAAUAAAUUAAAAUAGCCUAAAGACUUUCGUCUAUGUACUCUACAUGUUGAUAUUUAAGCAUUGACCAUUCUGUCUCAUCACUACUUGGCUCAUCAUUUUGUCUGGCUUUAUAAAUACAUCAAUUUAUUCAAACGGCAAUAAACGACCAACUAAAUUAUUCAACGAUCCAUUAUGGCAGUUAUUCAUAAGCAAGAAGAACGAAAGAUGAGUCCUGAAAAGUUCAAAAACUUUUUUUUGAGAAGAAUUCCUAUAUUAUCUUGGUUACCACAAUAUAAUUCGGAAAAAGCAUUGAGUGAUGCUAUUGCAGGAAUAACGGUUGGAUUAACAGUUAUGCCACAAGGAUUAGCUUAUGCAAUUCUUGCAGGACUCGAACCUCAGUAUGGUUUAUACUCAGCAUUUAUGGGAGCAAUAGUUUAUGUAAUAUUUGGUUCAUGUAAAGAUAUUACAAUUGGACCUACUGCUCUAAUGGCAAUUAUGACCCAUGAGUACGUUCAAGGAAAGAGCGCAGAUUUUGCUGUACUCCUUGCAUUUCUCGCUGGAUGUCUUCAAUUAGUGAUGGCAUGUUUACAUCUAGAUGUUCUUAUUGAUUUUAUAUCAAUUCCUGUUACUGUUGGCUUUACGUCUGCCACAUCAGUGAUUAUUGUUGCUUCUCAGCUUAAAGGAAUACUAGGAUUAAAAAUCACAUCUUCUGGAUUUAUUGACACUAUUAAUCAAGUCGUUAGAAAUAUUGGGGACACUAAUCCGUGGGAUGCUGGAAUGAGUUUUCUAUGCAUUUUUUUUCUUCUCCUUUUACGGAAAAUGAAAGAUAUUAAAUGGUGUUCGAAAUCAGAAAAAUUAUCAAGAGAACGAAAGAUAUUAACCAAAAUAAUUUGGCUAGUCUCCACUGCCCGAAAUGCAAUCGUUGUUAUUGUUUGCUCAACUAUUGCUUACCAAAUGAACUCACCUGAAUCUGAAGCGCCGUUUAUUCUUACUGGACGGGUAAAGCCGGGUUUACCGUCAUUUAGUUUACCUCCAUUUUCAACUCGCAUGAACGAUCGUGACUUGAAUUUUAUAGAUAUGUGUGUAGAACUUGGUCCAGCUAUUUUUCUUGUUCCAAUUAUUGGUGUUCUCGGCAAUGUAGCCAUAGCCAAAGCAUUUGCCAAUGGAGCAAGUGUUGAUGCGACCCAAGAACUUCUAACUUUAGGUCUUUGUAACGUCUUAGGAUCAUGUGCUCGUUCAAUGCCAGUAACUGGAUCCUUUAGUAGAUCUGCUGUAAAUCAUGCGAGUGGUGUGAAGACACCAAUGGCUGGUCUCUAUACUGGCCUUCUUAUUAUAUUAGCUCUCAGUCUUCUCACGCCAUAUUUCUACUUUAUUCCUAAGGCAUCAUUGGCGGCAGUCAUUAUUUCUGCAGUUAUUUAUAUGAUAGAGUAUGAAGUUGUAAAAUUAAUGUGGAAGUCUAGCAAAAAGGAUCUCAUACCCAUGUUCGCGACAUUUUUCUUGUGCCUUGUAAUUGGUGUAGAAUACGGCAUAUUAGUUGGCGUUGGUAUAAAUCUUAUGUUUUUACUCUAUCCAUCAGCCCGUCCAAAUAUACAUAUUGAAAAAUGCGUGACUGAAUCUGGAGCUGAUUAUCUUCAAGUUAUUCCUGGGAACAGUCUUUAUUUUCCAGCAGUGGAUUUUAUAAAGCAAUUUGUAGAUCAUGCUGGUAUUAGAGAAGGUUCUAGCCAAUUACCAGUUGUUGUAGACUGUAGAUAUGUCCUGGGUGCCGACUUUACUGCUGCAAAAGGAAUCGCUGCAUUGAUUGGAGAGUUUAAUACACGGAAACAAGGUCUUUAUUUUUUUAAUCCUCGAUCCGACGUAGUUGCCGUCCUACGCGGUGCUUGCGGAGAAGACUUUCAAUAUGUUUCCACUCAAGAGGAAUUGUCGUAUUUACUUUAUCGAAGCCGUGAUAAAUCAACUCGUAAUCUUUCAACAUUGAAAAGGGAUCAUUCAAAUGAAGCUUUGAACAACACCAAUAUAGAAUUAACUCAUCGGACAAUCCAUACAAAUUACCAUGAGCUCAACGAAGUUCGAACAGCUCUGUUACCUGCAACUGCCAGUUGAAAUGAAAUUUGUCACAAACAAUAUUGUAUUUUUACUUUAAGACACUUUAGUGAUUGUUUAUAUAAAAAUGUGACCAUGACGUAAAAAAAAUACCUGAUCAGUAUUCGGUGAUAAUUAUACAAAAUUUGUAGAUCUGCCAAUACCAAUUGGUAAAUAAUUUUUAUUAAUAUUUAUCGUGAGAUAAUUCAUGGUAAUAGAAGAAUCUAUUA